AAAGAUUAGCCAAAAUCAAAGUAAGCUGAGAAAGCUACUCAUAUCCUCUCGCUCACUUGCUUGUCUGCUCUUCUCACCGGCCUUUCUUAAUUCUAUAAUUCAACUCUUCUGUUUUCUUCUCUAACUUUGCUUUUCCUGUUAUAGCCAUUGCCUCAUACACAUAGCAAGCAUUACAAAGUGAGAUAGAUAUUCACAUAGCAAGCAUUACAAAGUGAGCUCUGAAGAUAAUUGCGGAGAAUGAGUUUCAGAGAAGAUACCGAAGAUGUGAGAGGGGAUUUACGGAAACCGUUUUUACACACAGGAAGUUGGUACCGGAUGGGCUCCAGGCAAUCCAGCUUGAUGGGGUCGUCCCAGGUCAUUCGCGAUAGCUCCAUCUCUGUUGUCGCCUGUGUGAUGAUCGUCGCUUUGGGUCCCAUUCAAUUCGGUUUCACUUCUGGUUAUUCGUCUCCAACCCAAAGUGCGAUCACUGAAGAUCUUGGACUUUCUGUCUCGGAGUACUCUCUAUUUGGUUCGCUAUCCAAUGUGGGUGCUAUGGUUGGGGCUAUAGCUAGCGGUCAGAUUUCCGAGUAUAUUGGACGAAAAGGAUCUUUAAUGAUCGCUGCUAUUCCUAAUAUUAUUGGGUGGCUUGCUAUAUCUUUUGCUAGAGAUUCUUCUUUUCUCUACAUGGGAAGGUUAUUGGAAGGUUUUGGUGUAGGAAUUAUCUCAUACACGGUGCCUGUAUAUAUAGCAGAGAUAGCACCUCAAAACUUGAGAGGGGCUUUGGGGUCUGUGAAUCAGCUCUCUGUCACAAUCGGAAUCAUGCUGGCUUAUCUGCUUGGACUUUUUGUUCAAUGGAGAAUACUUGCAGUUUUGGGUAUAUUACCAUGUGUAGUCUUGAUACCUGGCCUAUUUUUCAUUCCAGAAUCUCCUCGGUGGCUGGCAAAAAUGGGUAUGACAGAAGAUUUUGAAGCUUCUUUGCAAGUUCUUAGGGGGUUUGAUACUGAUAUUUCACUUGAAGUGAAUGAAAUUAAGAGGUCCGUAGCUUCAACAAGCAGAAGAACUACAAUCCGGUUUGCGGAACUUAAACGGAGAAAAUAUUGGCUCCCACUAAUGAUUGGGAUAGGAUUACUUUUCCUGCAACAACUUAGUGGAAUUAAUGGUGUUCUAUUCUAUUCCAGCACCAUUUUUGAAUCUGCUGGCAUUAGCGAUAGUAAUGCAGCUACCUUUGGGCUUGGUGCCGUUCAGGUUAUUGCUACCGGUGUCACUACAUGGUUAGCUGAUAAGGCAGGCCGCAGGCUUCUACUUAUUGUUUCCUCUUCUGGGAUGACUGUCAGCCUCCUACUGGUUGCAGUAUCGUUUUUUGUACAGGAUUAUGUAUCAGAUGAAUCUACUGUAUAUAACAUUUUGGGGAUCUUAUCAAUAGUUGGAGUAGUGGGGAUGGUAGUUGCCUUCUCUUUGGGUAUUGGACCCAUUCCUUGGAUUAUAAUGUCUGAGAUUCUUCCAAUCAAUAUUAAGGGCCUUGCUGGAAGCGUGGCGACACUUGCCAAUUGGUUCUCUUCAUUUGGGGUUACAAUGACUGCAAACUUGCUUUUGAAUUGGAGCAGUGGAGGAACGUUUACCAUUUACAUGAUUGUCAGUGCAUUCACUAUUGCAUUCACAACUAUUUGGGUUCCUGAGACAAAAGGGAGAACAUUGGAAGAAAUUCAAAGUUCCUUCAGAUGAGAAGGCGACGUUGUUUUCGUUUGAUGAGAUUCAUUUUUUGUAACAUAAAAAGCCAGUCUUAGGGUUUCCCAUUUAUAAUGUCCUUUAGUUGCGUGAAUGAACAUGUAAGAAUUUUCGGAGCAUUAAAGAAAGAAGCAUUUGUUCCUAUUGGCA